AUGUCGAAUUUGUCAAAUCUUGAGUUUGUGGCACUUGACAUUUCUGGAAAGAAUUACCUAUCAUGGGUUCUCGAUGCUGAGAUUCACUUAGCCGCUAAAGCCCUUAGUAAUACCAUUACUCAGGGUAAUGAGGCAUCAAGCCAAGACACAGCGAAGGCCAUGAUUUUCCUUCGUCAUCAUUUGGAUGAAGGUUUGAAGGUUGAAUAUUUGACAGUGAAAGAUCCACUUGAACUGUGGACUGGCCUGAAGGAAAGGUAUGAUCACCUUAAGGCUACGGUAUUGCCAAGGGCUCAAUAUGAGUGGAUGUACCUACAGUUGCAAGAUUUUACGACCCAGCAAUACCGUGAAAGGGGUUUUAAAAAGUAUUCUGAAUUGAUCUCAUGUCUUUUGGUGGCUGAGCAACAUAAUACCCUUUUGCUGAAAAAUCAUGAAGCUCGUCCCACAGGGUCAGCUCCACUUCCUAAAGCGAAUAUGGAAGCUAGACGUGAUAAGCUUUAUCAAAACUCCAUCAAAAGAAAGGCAAAUAAUAUUGGAACAUCUUUUGCUAAUGCCCCAGCGGAGUCUCACUUGACCUUUAAAAAUGAUUUUGAGGCAGGGCCUUCAAACAAAAAUGAUGACAAUGCCAAGGCAAAUCUUGCUUUGAAUGAUGAUGAUUUUGAAGGCCUCGAUGAUCUUACUCAUUUGGAAGUUGAAUACUUCUUUGGAGAUCAAAACUAA